AUGAGCACUUCACUACCACGCACCAUACAGGAUUUGGAAGCCAAGGAACGAUAUGCUGCUCGUCACCGGUCAUCAUGGUUGCAUAGUCGACGCAUGCGUGUGCUUUGCAUUGUGGGGAUCUUGUUCAUGGGCACUCUCGCACUGAUGCUGCAUUUCGGUGAUCCGACUCAAGUACCGGGAUUCAAGCGGUUACGGAAUCAGGACGAUGGUGCUGCUGUGGCUGCUAUGGAUGCCGAGGAUAAUAAUGCUGUGGUUGCACAUGACAACGUGGUCAAAGAUGAAACACCAUCCAACAUGUCACCUCUCGCCUUGGAGCUCACGACGAUCGUUGCACAGCAUCCGCUGACUGUUUUUUCAAAGACCUAUUGCCCCUAUUCACGGAAAGCAAAGGAGAUCUUGGAUGAAUAUGAGCUUGAGAAUCCUUAUCAUGUUGUGGAGGUGGAUCUUCGAGAUGACGCAUUGGAUGUCAAGCAUGCUCUAGGAGAGUGGACGGGUCGUGACACAUUUCCAAAUGUAUUCUUGGGUGGAGAAAGCAUUGGUGGUGCAAGCGAGUUGAUAAAGCUACAUCAAAGCGGCGAAUUACGUAGGAUGCUCGAAGAUAACGAUCUCUUCCCAUAUUGA